GAAAACAAAAUCAGAAGAAAAGGCGGAGAUAGGCGGGGGUUGGUGGUGGGCGGUUGGGCCAAAACUGUAUGUCUGACUCUGGAAUUCUACUAGCUGCUCAAACAUGGAAACUAGUAGUAGUAGUGAUAGCGGGAAUAAUAAUAAUAAGGUAAUAAUAGUCGCUUCAUCUUCAAGAAGAGGGAUGAUACAGAAUCCAUUUACUUUGAAGGUGGGUCAAGUAUUUACCGGAUUUGGCGUUGGUUGUGGUCUUGGUAUCGGCGUUGGCAGGCCUUUAAAUCUUGGUGCAAUACCAGUAUUAAAUCAAGUUAUGGUUGCUGCUAGAGGAGCAUCCGAUGUUUUCUCAGGAGUUGGAAGACAUGUUAACCACUCUUUGAAAAAGGUUGGAGCCAAAAACAUCGAAGCGGGCAUUGGAUGCGGAGUUGGUUUUGGCCAUGGUUUUGGAGUUGGUCUUGCUAUAAAGCCUGGGGUUAUGCAUCAAAUACAAAUGAGUCUUGUACAAACUGCAACAAAGUUGAUGAUGAGAUUUGGAGUGACACCCAAUCUGUCAAGUGUUGCCGGAGGCAUGCUUCCCCAAUCGUUACAAAGUGGUACUAGUACCUUAAGUCCACUGGCAAAUUUGAUGAAAUCUGAAACUGGAUCAACAUCUAUAGACGGAGACUUGAGUACAACACAGAAAUUGCCAUCAUCAAGCUCAUCUUAUGCAAGUCGCACGGAGAAGGUUAUCAAUAACUUCUUGCAAAGUCCUUUUCUAGAAGGUGAACCCAGUGAAGCAAAAAAUCAGGUUAAACACUUCCAGUCUGAGAAGGACGUGAUCCAAUUGGUUUUGAAACAACAACUUGCUCUUGAGAAGCUUAAAGAAGAAAAUGAGAAACUUCAACAAAUAUUAGUUGAAGACUUAAAAGUCUCACCAGACAAGUUCAAAGUCAACGGGUACUCAGGAUAUACAUGUAGUGAAUGUUUUGAGUGUCGAAGUAGACGUAGAAGAGAUAGGCGAAAGUAAGUAAAAGAUUACAAUCGGUAUGUAACAAACUGUACUACACAAAUUUUGUUUUAAAGCCUUCAAAAUAAUGAUGAAGUGACAUAGGAGUUAGAUUAAUUGUUCUGAUCGAUCUGUUUGUAAACUGAUUUUCAAUUGUUGACUUCUUGUUUAAUUAUUACAAAUCCUUGUAGUAUUUACUGGAGUAUUAAACUA